AUGAUCUGGAAUUCGAAUCCUUUUCGAUUCAACUCGGGUAAGGUGCAUGUUAAGUCUUUGAUACCAGUUGUGAGUAUCUCUUCUGGGUUCAAGUUUGGAAAUGUGAGACGCAAGGAUCCCAGCACAGUCUUUGUUUCUGGUGCUACUGGGCAGGCCGGUAUUCGCAUUGCUCAGUCGUUGUUGCGUGAAGGGUUCAGCGUUAGGGCUGGUGUGCCUGAUCUUGGGGCUGCUCAGGAGUUGGCUCGUCUUGCUGCGCAGUAUAAGAUCAUAUCUAAUGACGAAUCAAAGCGCCUAAACGCAGUUGAAUCUGCAUUCCAAGAUGCAGAGUCAAUUGCUAAAGCAAUUGGGAAUGCCAGCAAAGUUGUUGUCACCAUUGGUCCUGCAGAAAAUGGUCCUACUAAAGAAUUCUCAACAUCAGAUGCCUUACAAGUAAUCCAAGCAGCUCAACUUGCUGGAGUUAGCCAUGUUGCGAUAAUCUAUGAUAGGAAUGUAGCAAAUGCAUCAAAUUACGACGUACUAGAUGGUUUCACAUCAUUCUUUAAGAAUCUCUUCUCCCAAUCUCAAACAUUGUCACUUCCUGAGUUCUUGCAAAAAGUAAUCGAAACAGAUCUUGGCUAUACUCUUAUAAAGACUAGCAUAACCGAAGAUUUCUCGCCUGAAGGCUCCUAUAAUGUUGUUGUGUCAGCUGAACGAAGCAGUGCUGCUGCAAACGACUACAAAGUAGCAAAGUCAAAGAUAGCUUCACUGGUGGCGGGUAUUUUCUCCAAUACAUCUGUUGCAGAGAAUAAGGUUGUAGAAGUGUUUACUGAUCCUUCAGCUCCCUCAAAGCCAGUAAAUGAGCUUUUCAGUGCCAUUCCGGAGGAUGGAAGAAGAAAAGCUUAUGCAGAAGCUCUUGCGGUGGCAAAAGCCGAGGAAGAGGCAAGGGCAACAGCGGAAAGAGCUCGUGAAGCUGCGGAUGCAGCAAAGAAGCUUGAAGAAGCUAAAAAGCUUUCAGAACAAGAAGCCCAAGCAAAGACAGAUGCUGCAGAUGUAUCAAUUGAAAGCCUUUUGAGCAAAGCAAAAGGCUUUGGCUCUGAAUUUUCCUGGGAAAAAAUCAGUUCCCAGAUUGCUACUUCAGUUCCAAAGCCUAGCAGUGAUAAGAAAGCUGAAGUGCAGAUUGCUACUGUGAGAGGACAGGCAAAGGCAAGAGCAUUGCCAGCCAAUAAAGCUCUUGUGAAACAACCUACUAUCCCAAAAUUCUCUCUUAAUUUGAAAUCCAAGGAGGUGUCAAAGCCGGAAAAGAAACCGGAAGCGGAAGAUUCCAAGGUUCAAGUAAACAAGUUGUUUGGCGGCCUGUUUCAGCAAGAAACCAUUUAUGUCGAAGAUGAUUAAAAAAAAAAUAUUUGAUGUUCUACAAGCACAAAUAAAAUUGAUUAUAUAUACUCCCGGAGCAAAGAAAAUUGAUUAUAUACCGGGAACUAGGACUGUGUCUAGUCUUGCUACAAUUUUUUUUGCAGGUUUUGUGCUUUUGUAUUUAGUCUGUUGUUGUUCAAGUAUGAUGUUGUAUGA